AUGUCGGAGCGCGAGCUAAAAAAGUUGGCCACGCGCCUCAACAACCUCUUUGAGAGCAUCUACAGCCUCACGAACCGCUCUGGAUCUGUCAUUUACGUGGAUUUCCAGAAGCUUCCCUCUAGAACUGGCACUGAUUACUACAAGUACAUCACCCGCCCUAUUUCGCUCCACACCGUUGGCAGAAACAUCAAGAGAUUCUCCUACAAAGAUGGUCAGGGGUUUGUGAACGAUUUGGCCCAAAUUACAUGGAAUGCCCGCCACUACAACGAGCCUGGCUCCGAGAUUUAUGAAAAUGCACUUUUGUUGGACAAAUUCAUCAAAGACACGGUCAUUCCAAAGCUAGCGGCCGAUCCUAAGGUGCCCAAUCAUACCUCCUUGCACUAUCCAGACUUGGGUCCCUUGGACGAAUAUGGUGCAGGCCGCUUUGACGACGACGGUGCCACUGCUAGUCCAUACUUGAAAAACGAAGAUUAUGACGACGACGAUACCACCAUGAUGGGAUACGGUCACCUCAAUCUGAAGUCAAUGCUGACGCCACCCAAGCCUGCCGAAGGUGGAGUUAGACGCGGAAGACCUCCCAUCAUAGACAAGCCAUAUGAGUCUCGUAUCAAGUCGAUUUUGAAGUUAUUCAAGAAGAUUAGACAUCCAGAAGACGAGACACACAUCUUGACGGCUCAUUUCGAGAAGUUGCCUGACAAAUCGGUUCCGGGCUACUACGAAAUGAUUGUUAAUCCAAUCAGUUUAAACGAAAUUAGAACCAAGGUGCGUUCUCGAAAAUAUACCGAGGUUCAGCAAUUUUUGGAUGAUCUCUCCCUUAUGAUCAGCAAUGCCAAACUAUACUACUCAUCUGAUCCAGGCAUGACCAACGAAAUAACUCUUUUCGAGAAGCAGGCCGAGUCCAUCAUUGAGAAGGAGAUGACUCGCCCCGAAAAAGACUUUAUCGUCGCCACAGCAUCUGGCACCGAUGGAUUGAAGACUCCCUUGGAUCUGGUUACUGUUCAUUCGAACACGUACAAAGUGGGUGACUGGGUUCUUAUCCGCAACCCUAACGAUGCCAAUAAACCAAUUUGUGGUCAGAUAUUCCGUUUAUGGUCCACCGAUGGUGUCCAAUACACCAACGUUUGCUGGUAUAUCCGCCCCGAACAGACUGUACACCGUGUGGAUCGUUUGUUUUACGUGAAUGAGGUGUGCAAGACUGGUGAAUAUAGAGACCACUUAGCUGAGGAUAUUAUUGCUCCAUGCUACGUGAUCUUCUUGACACAUUAUCAGAAGGGAGAUAUCCCUCCUAACUUGCUUCCAGAGGGAACCGAAUGGUUUAUCUGCGAGUUCCGUUACAACGCAAACACAUAUCAGUUCAACCGUAUCAGAACCUGGAAGGCGUGCUUGCCGGAUGAGAUUCGUCAUGUGGACCAGCCAAUUGUGCCCAUUAAUGAGCCUAGAAGACUCAUCAAGUACGAGUCUCCUCUCAAGCAUCUACUUCCUUCGGAUGCUCAUGACGAUAUGGCUGUUGCGGGCCCAACUCCAGGUCCUAACGCCAAUGGUCCACCAAUUGUCGGAUCGGUGUACAAGAAGCCACCAUACUAUAACGAUGAAUUGGGCCAAUGCUCUACUUCUCCAAACGUGACUCCUGCGCCAGAAUUCGACGACAGAGUCAAUGAUCGCAGAGCCUACAUUUUCACUCCCGUGUCUCAAUUGAAGAGUGUCACAGGACUGGGCAUCUACUCGUCAUCAGGUACUCGUUCAGUGCCACCAUCCUACAUUCCAGGUCAAUUCGAGGAACCUGCGCUUACGGCAUCUUCUUCAUACGACAACCUCUCCUAUAAACCAUACCAGCAGCCAGAGCCUCAUUACAAGGCGCCAUACGGAGCACCGGCAUAUCCUAAGGCAAACUACCCACCAGGAAGCGCCUAUAAGCCACUACCAGUGAAGGGAUAUGGACGCUCAGAAAUGUCGCCCAGCGCCAGCCUUCGUGGUACUCCUCCUGCCACAUACAUCCAACCUAGUGGAGCAUACCAGUCGUCCACGUCUAUUUACUCUGGAAUUCUUCCUGGAGGAGUUGUCUCGUAUGUAGAAAAGAGAGAUGGGGAAGAAGGAGAAGAUAACAACUUGAUUGAGGUGAGCGAGCUGCUUAUUACGUCCGGUGACAGUGCCGUCUGGUUCAGAGCACCACCAGUGAUGGUGUCGACCAAAGUUGCUACGCCUGUGGGACAUACCGCCAAGUAUUUGGCGUGGAAGCUCAAGAAGAGCCAAAAAGCAUAA